AUGUGCUUGAUACGAGGAGAUCUUGUCGAUGAAGAAUCCCGAUGUGUUCAUUGGCAUUCUCCCCUGGAUGUGAUUGCCAUCAAGUUCAAGUGCUGUAAAACUUAUUAUGCGUGCUACACUUGUCACCAAAGUCUUGAAUCUCACAAAGUUGAAAAAUACAGCCUGAAGGAAGAUAAUAACGAACAUCUAGUCAUCUGCGGCGUCUGUAAGACGACAAUGACUUUUGAUACCUACAGAAGUAACUCUGGUGAUGAAAGAAGCUUGUCAUGUUAUGCUUGUCAUGCUGAAUUUAAUCCAGGUUGCAAACUACAUUAUUCAGAAUACUUUGAUAUGUAA